UUUAAUCUUAAAGGGCCAAUUGAUAUUUGAAGCCUUAACUUUGCCACCGAAAAAUCCGACAAAUUUAGCUUGAAAGAUCAUAUUUUUAUUUUGACAAAAACAAGAAGAAGAAGAAGAAGAAGAAUUUUAUUUUGACCGACCGAUAGAUAGACAUCAUGGCAAUGUAUAUCCGUGUGAAGCGUAAUAAGACCACCUACUUUAUUCAAUGUGAUCCAACCGAGACAAUUCUACAAAUAAAGGAGAAAUUGUAUAACCUCAUAGAUCAACCUGCUAAUGAUCAGCGAUUAAUCCUCAUGCCUGCUGGACACGUGUUGGAAGACUCGAAGUCCCUAGCUGAUCAGAAUGUUGAAAAUGACGCUGUGCUGGCGCUGACUCUGAGAAAAGAUGACAAUGAAUUCGAGGAUGUAAAUAUCGUGAAACCUAAUGACUUUUACCAGAACCGCGAUUCAGAAGCUGGUGCAAAUUGGUGAGAAAAUACAUUCUGGGAAUAUCUAAUUCUCAACAAAGAUCUGUAUGUCUGGUUUUGCCCAAAAUACUCAAAUAGCGUUGAGUUUCAUGCUGCUCGAGAGUUUGUGAUAUCUUCGUGGUCCUGUUUAGCAAUGUAGAACACUGUUCAAGAAAACUUCUUUUUGUGAUUUACGCAACGAUGAGAGCUGAGAUACAGAUAGAUAAGUUUUUGCUUCAACUUUUUAUGGAUGUAUGUAAAUUGUGAUAAGUUUUUGACACCAUUGUCUUCUUUUUUUAAGAAUUUGAACCAUGAAACAUGUUAAUUUGCAAUGACAAAUUGAGUUCCUAUUUGCUUAA